AUGCGAGACGGAUUCGGCCAAAUUACAUGGUUUGAUCAAACAAAAUAUAUAGGAGAAUGGAAAUACGAUAAAAUGUGUGGAAUAGGAAAAUUUAUUCAUUCAAACGGCGAUUAUUACGAAGGAUAAUGGGAAAACAAUAAAGCUAAUGGUAAAGGAAUAUAUAUACACAUAGGAGGUACUAAAUAUGAUGGUAAUUGGAAAGAUGAUUAGAAGGAUGGAUAAGGUACCGAAGAAUGGGUCAAUGGUUCAAAGUAUGUUGGAAGCUAUUAAAAAAAUUAAAAGCAUGGUCAAGGUAAAUUGUAUUUUUAAGACGGGUCAGUGUAUGAGGGUAACUUCGUCAAUAAUUUAAUAGAAGGUUAUGGAGUUUAUCGAUGGGCUGAUGGGAAAGUUUAUAAAGGAGAAUGGAAAGAUAGCAUGAUGAAUGGGAAAGGAUAGAUGAGUUGGCCAGAUGGUAAAUAAUAUGAAGGUGAAUAUAAAAAUGAUAAAAAAAAUGGAUAUGGUGUUUUUAAAUUUCCUAAUGGGUAGUAGUAUUGUGGAAAUUGGUUAGAAGGAAAAUAACAUGGAAAUGGAACUUUUUAUUUAAAUUAAAAUAAUAAAAGUAUGGGAGAAUGGUAAAAUGGUAUAUUAAGUAAUUGGAAAGAUAAUAAAUGA